GUGAUUGGAAUUUCUCAACGGUUUCAAAAAACGAGUCUGUGAAACAUGGACAUUUUGAUAGAAUACAUAAUUUUCCACAGCUUUCUUAAAAUUCUGAGAGAUUACAUGUUUGUCUUGGUUUAGCAAUCAUUUUCAUUUUUGAAACUUUAAAUGACGAUGAUCUUAACACGUGAGGUUUUUUUUCGCUGUUUGAAAGUCACCUGAAUAGUUUUCAGUUUUAUGAGGCGUGAAUCGCACGUGAUUUCGAUUCGUUUUCUUUGCAGAAUGCUCUAUAUAACUAUAUUCGUUGUAUAUAUACUUUAUAUAUAUGAUGAAAAGCGCUAUAAUGGUAAACUUCUUCUUUGAUGACCAGCAGGAACCCUUAUUCCCCCCAUUUUCGAAAGCAAACAACUGGAAAAGGAUGGAAACCCUGGAGCUCUCAAGCGCAGAAUGCAAGCAGGGAGGAAAAUACAACGCAGUUACGCGAGCAUUUCGACUCGAAAAACAAAAAUAUUAAAAAUCGGAUUACCAAAGAAAAAUACAUAAAAAAAGAAAGAAAUUUUUCCUAUACACCAGCCUGGAAUUUAUAGCCUCCAAACAAAAGCCUCAAACCCGAAAAGAGUGUCAUAUUUGGUUUCCAGUUAUAUUCGCAGACACGCAGCGUAUGGCCAAAGAAAAGAAGCUCCACUUUUUUUUCAAGCGUCCUCGGCGCGAAGUUGCAUCAGUGGCAGUUCCGAAAACCCGGCCACUAUGGCGACACCCGUCGGCCAAGGGACGAACGCGAUUUUGGGGCCUUGGCAGCAAGAGAACCUCUGAACAAGUGCCGGUGUUGUCGACGCGGUCCCAGAAAAUGGCACAGUUUUCUUGCUGGAGCCACGUUUCCAAUGUCCUUCGCGAGCCGCACGUGGUCAUCAAAUUACUGACUGCUUUGUCAGCUAUGGUGGCCUUGGCAAUGCAUCGAGAGACCUGGGAUGACGACCCGAGGGCAAUGUAUUCGCCUUUGUAUCUGGAUGUGGAUCAAACUUAUUUCUUCAUUGGAACGUUGUUCAUGUACACAGUUGUGCCACUGACGCUCGUCUUGGGGUACUUCUUCGGGCAAAAUACUGCCAUGCAG